CAGCGAUAAACGUUCUGACACGAGCUUUCCUGAACGAUCAUGCCCUUAACUGGUGCGGCUGUGUUAAGAAGCAAAACCGCGGCCACCAGCAUUGAUUCCCCAGUUCCCGGAGUGCAGCGAACAAUAAGGAACCUCCAACACUUUCAGAAGUAUUUGGUGACAGUGGCGAUGUUGGUAGGUGGUGUUAUUACCCUCGCGGUGGUGCCGCAAGAUGAUGGGGGGAGAGAAAGUCGUUGGGGUAACAGUAUGUCUUCAGCCCGGGCAGACGUUUGACAUGCCGUUGGGCAAGCUGCUGAAGGCUGGUGUAUGGUCCGUGCUGAGGGGCUGGGGAUUUCGAGGCCUCAAGCGCAUUCUUCUUGAUUUCGUUCCCCCUGUUGAGAAAGCACUUUCGAAAGCCUUCAAGGCGCGGAAUUUGGACCGGCUGGAUUCCUGGCAUCUGCUUGCAAUCGCGGUAGAUCCUGACUGGCAAGGAAAAGGCGUAUCUUCAGUCCUCCUAAAGGACUGUUUUUCUCGUGCCAACCACAAACCCAUCCAUUUAGAAGCUUCGAGCUCGAAGAGUCGGGAUAUAUACAAGCAUCUGGGCUUUGAGGUCGACGAAGAACUCUUAUUGGGGAAGGGUCAAGUAGAUUGCUGUGGACUGUCUGCCAAAGGUGCAGAAGCCAUAGGUAUUCCUGAAUGGGUCAUGACGAAGGUACGUGCACGGAAGAGUGAGUGUUUGUCUUUGCGCAUGACGUUUCGUUGUAGUGGGAGACGUGAUAUUAGAUAUACACAAGAGUGAAACGAUGGAGAGGAGUACGUACGUGCAUAUACAUCAACCGUGGGAUCAGUUAUGCU